AUGUUUACUAACAGUAGUAAUAAUAAUCGUUCCACUACAGGUGCUGGUAGUGGAUAUGAAUUUAGUGUUAAUGAUGUAUGUGAUCGAUUAGAAAAAGAAUUUACACAUAUGCAAGGUGAACGAGCACAAUUACGUAUUGAAUGUGAAAAAUUAACUGCAGAAAAAAAUGAAGUACAAAGACAAUAUUGUCUUUAUUAUGAAAUGGCAUAUCGUUUAUCAUAUGAAAUGCAUAAACAAACAGAAAUAACAAAACGUUUAAUAGCAUUAUUACAUCAAAUCAUUCCUUAUUUAACACCUGAACAACAAGCACAUGCAUUACCUGCACUUGAACGUGCUAAACAAGUUACAGUAAAUGAUCUUAACAGUGUGAUUCAACAACAAUUUCAUGCACAAGCAACAGCAGUUGCACUUGCUGCUGCUUCGAAUUCAUCACCAACUGGUGCUGGUCUUCCACCAUUACCUGGUGGAAUUCCUGGUUUAUCUUCUGGUCUUGGUUCAGCACCUCAUCUUCAAUUACCCGGUCCACCAGGUCUUCCAGGUUCUGGUGCUGGUCUUCCACCAGGCAUGCUAAACUAUACAUCAGUAUUAAGCAGUUUAGCUUCUCAAUAUGCACCAGGUAUUAAAGAAGAAGGUGCUUCAUCAAUGUCAAAAGAAAAUGCAUCAUCACCUCGAGCUAAUAAUAGUGAUUUAACAUUAGGAACAAAAGGUACAACAAGUAGUAGUCGAUCAUCAACAAAUGGAAAAUCAUCUAAACAUCGACCAUCAAGUAAUAGUAGUAAUAUGCCUAAACCAAUAAAACCAUCAACAACAGAAAGUGAUGGUGAACGAAGUGAAUCAGAUUUAGUUAUUGAUACAAGUAUUGGAAAUCCUAAACAUACAAAUGGUAGUAAUAAUUCUGGUAGUGGACUUCUUUUACCAAAUGGAAUUAAAUCAGAAAUAACUGAUAAUACAACAGGUUCAAUAACAACAAAUGAAACUAUGCCAGCAACACCACCAGUAUCAACAGCUAAUGGUGCUGGCAGUGGAGGUUCAUCAAAAACUCGACGUGAUCGAAGUCCUAUGUCUGAUAAAGAUAAUUCACAAAGAAAUAGUAUGUCAUCAUCAACUAUUAAAAAAGAACGAAAUACACCACAACCUAAUAAAUCGAUGACACCAACAACAGGAUCAAAUGUUGUACAAUCAAAUGUUGGUGCUCCUCAAUUACAACAAGGUGGUCCAUUAGGUUUACCACAUGGACUUUCUGGACGUAUGCCAACUGGUGCUCCAUUCGGUUUUAAUCCAGGUCCGUUUUCUUCACCUGAAGCAUUAGCAGCUGCUUUUGGUGCACUUGGUCCACAUCAUGGAAAUCCAUUAAAUCCAUUUGGACCAUUUGGUCAUCCAUUUGCACAGGCUGAAGUUGCUCAAGCAAUGGCUAUGGCUGCUCAACAUCAACAUGCUCAACAAAUGGCCCAAGCACAAGCAGCUGCUGCUGCAGCUCAAGCAGCAGCUGUUGCAGCAGUACAACGACAACAGCAACAACAACAACAACAACAACAGCACCAACAACAACAUGGAUCUAGUAAUCAUCAUCAUGUAAUGAAUCAAGCUUAUUCAUUUUUUACUACAACCGAUGGUCAAGGUAAUCCAGUAACAACACCUGUUAAUAUGACACCUGAAGCAUUAACUGGUCCUAAUAUACCAACGUCAGCACGAGAACUUGCUACAUUAAUGCAUGGUGAAGUUGUUUGUGCAGUAACCAUUAGUGAACAAUCAAAACGCAUUUAUACUGGUGGUAAAGGUUGUGUUAAAGUUUGGGAUCUUAAACAAACAGGAACUGUACGAACACCAUUAUCUUAUUUUAAAUGUCUUAAUGAUGAUAGUUAUAUACGUUUUUGUAAAUUACUUGCUGAUGAUCGUACACUUGUUGUUGGUGGUGAAGCAAAUGUUAUAUCAAUUUGUGAUCUAUCAGCAGUUACUGGUGGUUCAGCAUCUAAUACUCGUUCAUCAACACCAAAUUCAAAUGCAUCAUCACCAACACCAUCAUCUAAUCAACCACCAUCAUCAACAUCACCAAGAAUAAAAGGUGAAUUAAAAUUAAAUGCUCCAGCUUGUUAUGCACUUGCUAUUGGUCCAUCGGAUUCUAAACUAUGCUAUUGUUGUUGUUCAGAUGGUUCAAUAGCUAUUUAUGAUAUUCAUAAUCAAUCACUUGUUAAAUCUUUUGUUGGACAUACUGACGGUACAUCAUGUAUUGAUAUAGCACCUGAUGGUCGUACAAUGUGGACAGGUGGAUUAGAUAAUACAGUUCGAUGUUGGGAUCUUCGUAAUGAUUAUGCUCCAUUACAAACAUAUGAAUUUGAUUCACAAAUAUUUACAUUGGGAUAUUGUCCAACAGGUGAAUGGCUUGCUGUUGGUAUGGAAUCAUCAACUGUUGAAUUAAUUAAUAUUUCAUCAGCAAUGAGUAAUUCAUCAAGUCCAUCAAUGAAAAAAAAUCAUGAUAAAUAUACACUUAGUUUACAUGAAAGUUGUGUUUUAGCACUUAAAUUUGCUCAUCAAGGUAAAUGGUUUAUAUCAGCUGGAAAAGAUAAUUAUAUUCAUUGUUGUCGUACACCAACUGGUCUUCUUUUAUUUCAAUCAAAAGAAUCAUCAAGCGUUCUUUGUUGUGACAUUUCAGCUGAUGAUAGAUAUAUUUUGACAGGUUCAGGCGAUAAAAAAGCCACACUCUAUGAAGUCACAUAUUGA